ACCACAACUCAGAGCUCACCUUUUCCUCUCUCUCUCUCUCAUUUCUCUUUCUCUAAAGCUCACUUUGGUUUCUUUCUGAGCAGUUCAACGGCACCGACCUUGCCGGAUCUGGUCGGAAGUUUCACCGGGAAAGAAAGCAUGAACCUCUAUUGAGCUUUUUCCCAGUUUUAGCAUUAAGUUUCAGGCUAAAGAAACAAGCUUUUUGGGGAAUAGUUAGUGAAGAUUUAGUUGAAACCGAAUCAUCUGAAAUCUGGGUUUUUGCUUAUUUAAUGUAGGUGGAGGGUUUACAAGGUUUUAGCUAAACAAAGUGUAGUUUUUAAAAUAUGGGUUCUUUUUCCUUUUUUAAGUUUUGCUUUUGGUAAGCUUGGUGAAGCUGUUGUUUCUAGGUGAAAUCAUAGUGUAGGUGUUCCAAAGAAUCUUAGUCUUUAGUUAUUUUGUAAUGUAAUAGUUUGGUUACAAGGGAAGUUUAGUGGUUCAAGAAGUUGGUGAUUAAGUUUAUUAAAAUUCUCAGAAAUCACUUUAUCUUGUUAAAAAAAAACCCCCAAAGUUUCUUCUUUUUUUUUUUUCAUUUUAUUUGAUUAAAGGCCUAAAUUUUUGGAGCAAGUGGGGGAGAACUUUGAACUCAAGUAUUCUUGUUGUUGUUGUUGUUGAGUUUGAGAUUGAGGUGAAAAGGGGUAAUUUACAAUGUGUAGAGUAGAAGAAACAAGUGGAAAGUGUGAUUACAAGAAACAGUGGGAAAUGAAGAUAAAGAUUUUUGGGGAAGGGAGAGUGCAGAAGUUAAAGAAUUCAAUGGUUUCAAGGCCUAGAAUGAAGCUAUGGAUGUUAAGGGCAUUAACUUCAAUUUUGUUAUGGACUUGCUUUGCUCAGUUGAUGACACUGGGUGAAAUGUUUGGUCCAAGAUUGUUGAAAGGUUGUCCUUCUUGUUUCACUCAAUCUGCUUCUGAAUUGUCUUCCAUUCCACCAAAACUCAUUCUUCCUCCAAAAAGGUUAUAUAAGAACAAUGGUUAUCUUAUGGUUUCCUGCAAUGGAGGACUUAACCAAAUGCGAGCUGCAAUUUGCGACAUGGUUGUCAUUGCCAGAUACCUAAAUGUCACACUUAUUGUCCCAGAACUAGAUAAAACCUCUUUCUGGAAUGAUCCUAGUGAGUUUAAGGACAUUUUCGAUGUUGAUCACUUCAUUACUUCCUUGAGAGACGAGGUUCGGAUAUUGAAGGAACUACCACAUCGAGUUCAGCAAAGGGUUGAUCACGGAAUGUUCAUCUCUAUGCAACCCACUAGUUGGUCUGAUAUUUCUUAUUAUGCUCAUGAGAUUCUUCCUCUUGUGCGAAAGCACAAAGUUGUACAGUUGAAUAAAACCGAUACUCGGCUUGCAAACAACGGACUACCCCUCGAGAUUCAGAAGCUGCGCUGCCGUGUAAAUUUCAAUGCGCUGAGAUUUACUUCCCAAAUCAAGGAGUUGGGUAGAAAGGUUGUCAAGAUUUUAAGGGAGAAGGGCCCUUUUCUUGUGCUUCAUCUCAGAUAUGAAAUGGACAUGUUGGCCUUUUCCGGCUGCACUCAUGGCUGCAACAGCGAGGAAGAGGAAGAACUUACGAGAAUGAGGUAUGCUUAUCCCUGGUGGAAGGAAAAGAUAAUAAAUUCAGAAAUGAAAAGGAAUGAAGGAUUGUGUCCUUUGACACCAGAAGAAACAGCUCUAGUACUAAAAGCGCUCGGUAUUGACCGCAAUGUUCAAAUUUACAUUGCUGCGGGAGAAAUUUACGGUGGUGAGAGACGGAUGGCUCCGUUAGCAAAAGAGUUUCCUAAUUUGGUCAGAAAGGAGACUCUACUUCGAUCGGACUUGAAAUUCUUCCAAAACCACUCAUCCCAAAUGGCAGCAUUGGAUUAUCUAGUCGCCUUAGAAAGCGAUAUAUUCGUUCCGACAUACGACGGGAACAUGGCCAAAGUGAUCGAAGGCCAUCGGAGAUUCUUGGGGUUCAAGAAAACUAUCUUACUAGACCGAAAACUUCUAGUCAAGUUAAUAGAUCAAUACCAUAAUGGAUUGUUAAGCUGGGACGAGUUCUCCGAUACCGUGAAGGAAGUUCAUUCGAAUAGAAUAGGAAACCCGAAGAAACGGGCCGUGAUACCGGAUAGACCAAAAGAAGAAGAUUAUUUUUAUUCGAAUCCACACGAAUGUUUACAACUGUUGGAUGAACCUUGGAGAAGAACAUGAGCUGAAUCAUGGUUAAAUUAUGAUCUUCACUUGCACUUUUGUACUUAAAAUACAUGUUUAUUAUCAGACAUAUUUCACAAAUAAUGGAAAGAUGCAGAUCCCAA